CCCCUCUCCACCUCCUCCUCCCUCCUCCCUUCCCCAGAGUCGUUGGAUCUGCUCGGCCUCCUGCAAUCCAACAUGGAGUAGAGAGAGAUGGGGCUCUAGCGGGGCCACCCCUCGGCAACAAACAAGCGACGACGCGCUUUUUACGCACAACUGAAAACAGAAUAGGUGAAAACAUGCGCCUUAGGACCUGAAAACGGAUCUUGGUGCCUUGUGUGUGUAUGCGUGUGUGUUUGAGGAGGGGGGGGUUAGGAAGAAUCAGAAGCUGGAUUUGGCAACCAAAAUUGUCAAUAUAGGCUAUAUGCUGUGUGUGUGUGUGCGCGCGCUUUGGGUAUUAAAGUUCAAGGCAAGCAGGGGGGCUUUGGAUCUAGAAGAACCAGCGUGGCUCCAGCAGGAAGGAGAAGGGAGAGCUGAGGAAAAGAAGAAGGCAGUCGCAGCCAGUCGAGGGCAAAGCCAGAGAGCCGACACUCGCACAAAAGGCGCACACUCAAGGGGGAUUUAUGCGGAAUCGGAGGUGGAAGAAUGACGAGUGAAAAGUAUGCAACCGCCUUGGUCCAAUACCUGAGGUGAAACGAAAAAAUGAUAGAAGAAACACACCCGAACGACGACAGCUACAUCGUGCGUGUGAAAGCGGUGGUGAUGACGAGGGACGACUCGAGCGGUGGUUGGCUGGCCCAGGACGGGGGAGCCCUCAGCAGGGUGGGGGUAUGCCGCCUCCUUCCGACGGAUCUGACCCCCAUCCUAGGCUCUGGCAAAUCCCAGUUCCUUAUCCGAGGAGAACGGCUGCGAGACAAACAGGUGAUCUUGGACUGUCCGCUGAGGAAGGACCUGGUGUACACCAUUGCGAUGCCAACAUUUCACCACUGGAAAGUGGAGGACAGGAGGUGUGGUCUGUCCUUCCAGAGUCCAGCUGAUGCCAGGGCCUUCGACAGAGGAGUUCGGAAAGCCAUCGAGGAUUUGGCUGAAGGUUCCACUACUUCCUCCACAGCACUCCAGAAUGAGAGUGAACUGGGGGACGAUGACGUCUUUACUAACAACACAGACAGCUCAUCCAACUCCUCUCAGAAGUUGGACGGCUCUCUGCAGCUGCUCGAGUCCUCGCCUCUUCCGCAGAGACACAAGUGCGUGCCAGGACAUCGUCACGACCUGCACGACUCGUACCGGCUCACUGACCACUACUACUUGGACACGUCAUUGUCACGGAUUCCCCGCCAUGUCACAUUUGAGGAUGAGGAAAUUGUCCGGAUCAACCCACGGGAGCGCAGCUGGGAGCGAAACACGGAGCGUCACCUUGGGCGCCACUCAGACCGGCCCUGGCACACUGGUUAUGAGGACUACCGACAUGCAGUCAUGCGUGACAAAUUCAUCCACACAGACGACUCUGAGUCCUACGUCCACUUUGAUAAGACGGAGGCACAGAAGCAUGACUACACCUAUCCACUGGCGCCAGCCUUGUCACCCUCGGACUCUGACCCUGCCCUUGGACCCUUAACCGGUAAGGGCCACAGCGGCUCCUACCAUCAAGGCUUUCCCUCUGUGGUCUCCAUCCAGCCUCGCUCCUCGUUCUCAAUUGGCAGGAAGGGACGGAAGGACAAAGAAAUGGAGCGUGCUCAGUGUGAGCACUGCGGCGAGGCCUUUCACGUCUCGAACAACCGGAGAGGCCAGUGCCAGGAUGCUCCAGACCCGGUGCGGGCGUGCAUCCGACGGGUUAGCUGCAUGUGGUUGGCAGACACCAUGCUGUACCACUGCAUGUCCGACCCAGAGGGGGAGUACUCAGAUCCUUGCUCCUGUGACGGGGGCGAGGGCAGCGGCGGAGGCCGUCUUGGCACGCGCUGGUUAGCUCUGCUGGGCCUGUCUGUGGUGGCGCCGUGCCUUUGCCUCUACCCACCGCUCCACGCGUGCCACCGGGCGGGGCUUGCAUGCGGCUGCUGCGGUGGUCGACACAAGGCCCUGAGCUGAGAAGCCAAACUUGGAGUCCUCUUAGAGGAAACUAUAAAAAAAACCUAAAACCCAACGCAAGCACAGGGAAAGGGACGGAUGGGGAAACGCCCACAGGAGGGGGACAAGUGGUCGCGGCUGCUUGCUCUCUUGCCUUGGUUUUUCUGAGUUUCUCUACAAAUUCCAGACACUGAAAUAAGCCAAAUAAGAAAAAAAUACUGUUGGUGCAUUUUUUGAACAGCCUGGGAAGAUAAGCUCCCCCUUACGGCAGACCGUUCUCUCCGCUCUCCACGUGGUCAUUUCAUGCUCUGUUUCUAAUGGGAGAGCAGUCUUUUUCAGGGGGCCUUUUUUAUAGUCAGCCUAUAUGUCAUGUAUCACAUAUGCAGGUACUUUAUAUUGUUAUAUUUGUACUACGACUCAGAGUCAAACAACUUGAAUUGUUUCUGUUUUUGUAUUUUUUUUUUUCCUUUUAUGUUUGUGUGGCUAUUUUCUUUUUCUUAACAUCAGGCCCGCUCAGUUAAGCUCCAGAUAACAGUGGAAUCAAACACUACACUUCUGUGUGUGUGUGCGCGUGUGUGUGUGUGUGUGUGAGAGAGGCCUGUUGUCUGCUCUGCAGCUGUAGUAAAGUCUGUGUACAUAGUCUCCAUCGUUUUCUACCAUCAGCAUCUUCUCUGCUCAUGCUAACAAGCGCGGUACUCAUCUUAAUCUUCGAAUAUUCCAAAGAUUCGUGUUUUUAUCCUAUUUAUUAGAUGCUUAUUAUUAUGAUUAGGUUAGAUGCUGAGUUGUGAUUCAGCCACUGAAUUAGAUCGUGCUAAGAUAAUCCACCAUUCGUCUCCCUGCUUCUUUCACACUAUUUCCAAACAGUGCCUCGAACUCACCUUAACCCACCGAGUCGUGCUACUCCAGUCUACCUUUCGGCUAAUUUUUCUUGGCAAACACUUGAAGCGGCGUGAGAUUUUGAAGGCUCUGAUUUCCUCGCUCUUGUUGAACCUCAGCCAGAAGUUUGUCUUGUCACGUCAAAGACUGAAAACUCAAUCAGAUGCCAUUAAAACUGGUGCUCAUAUGCCUUAAAGAGAGAAGUUUCCUUCUUAAACUUCCCCCGUCUCUCUGAAGAUGUCUGCAGUGGUCAAAAGAUGGGAAGAAGGAGCGUAGUUGUGGCUCUAAUCAUUCAGCCUCACCAUGUGAUACUUAAUUAAAUUAUUUUUGUAACUAAAAGAAAUGAUCAAGUAUGUCAGCUGUAUAGACUCUAGUUUGCCUGCGACGUACAAUCAGCAUCAUCCUCCCUCAAGUGCUCACUGGUCACACAUGGAAAAGCAGCAAAAAUCUAAAUAAAGUUGACUAUUGGUUACUCCCCAAACCAAGGUUGGAAAGUAGAUUUUUACUUGUGCAACAUCUCAUGAGUUUAAAUUAUUUCACUUUUUGCUCUUUUGCUUUUUUAGUUUUGUAUUUCAUUCAAUUUAAUUAUCAUAGGUACACCCUGAAGGCUUAAAAAUAAACAUUUGACAUAGUACAGAUGUACUUUAGCAGGAUUUCUGUCGGAUGUGAUGAUUAGUCAAAAUCUGUUGUAAAAACAGAUUAAAUGGGAUCAAACAGACCAUUUAACAAACCUAAAUCCUAGAAUACCACACCUCUUUAUGCAGAUAUUCUUUUAAAGAGCAAGUCACCCCCAAAUAAACUUUUUUUGCUGAUAAACUACAUAAAUAGUGUCUAAUUGUGCUGCAGACACAUGUAGUCAAUAAUUUGGCGCUUCAGUGCAUCUUAGGCCCUGUCCACACAUAGCCGGGGAUCUGCCAAAACGUAGAUAUUUUUCUACGUUUUGGCCUGUCAUCCACACGAAAACUGAGUUUUUUUACACGAAAACGGAUCUUUUUAAAAACUCCGGUCAAAGUGAAGUUCUGCGUUUUCUCCGUUUUGGGUGUCUGCGUGUGGACAGACAAAACCGGAGUUUUAAGGUCCACAACGUCACUUUCUGCGACAAAAAAAUGCUGACAUCACGUGUGCGACCUGUGUUUACACUAGCCGACAGCAUGGAUGUCCUCAGAGCUGCGCUCUUUAUCAAUUGUCCAAGCGCUUUUUGCUUGUUUGUUUUUGCAAGCGGAAUUACUGCUCCUUACGGAAGACCACAGACGAAGGACGAGGUUAAGAACGGGGGAAGUACUGCCGCCUACAGGUCUGGCAUGUCCUUAACAACGUAUUUAUCCGGGUACAUGUGGACAGUUUUUUUUUUUAAAACGAGGUGGUGUGGAUACAAGUUUUUGGAGGGGCGGAUAUUCGUUUGUUUUUUUUUAAACCCGGCUACGUGUGGACUAGGCCUUAGUUAAAAUUUAAAUAUUCUGCCUAAAACUGUCAGUGUUGUGCUGUUGUCAGGUAAAAACUGCACUGUAUUUGAAUUUAAAUCUGCCACCGCUAUUGGCUAAGAGGUAUGCUAUGAUGUAAACUGGUACAUUAUGAUGUCACAAUGCUGUCGUGAGCCUGUGUGUGUGUGUGUUUGUUAGCAGCUCCGCCCUCUCGGUCUGCCAGGCAACAGCAUUUGUUGCAUUUUUCAAACAUGAAGUGGGAGUGGAGUUAAGCUUGGUUUAUGCUUGACGCAUUCACUUUCCGCGCGGUGAUGCGGCUCGCGGCUGGAACGCGCUUCACAACUCGCAGCGUUUAUGGUUUGUGCGGCUCGUCUCUGCGGUGAGCCAAUAUUCUCCCAAACUGAACGGGGCAGCAUGGAGCUCUACAGCAUGCAUCCAACACUACACCAUAGUAGAAGUAGAAAUCACUGUUUACAACAUGGUAUUUCAGCAUUUUUAACAGCGUUCUCGUCUUUUCCGACAGUGCGAGCUAUUUCUCUCCAAGAAUUAUUAACAACAUGUUGAUCACGGUGAUCUCUGAGAGCUGAAUCAUACAAAUGUCUGUAUUUACGAACCUCUGCCGUGCCGGUCCGCCAUGUUUUUCCGCGUCCGACCGUCUGCGUGGUUAGAAAUUUUCCGAGGUGCGCUUUGCGGAAGUCUUGGGCCGUGCGGAGACGCGGUGGAGGGGCGUGGUUGUUAAAAUGACGCAACUUUUCCGCGCGGAGCCGUGCGGACCUCGCGGACGCGUCAAGCAUAAACCAACCUUUAGACUCUGGUAGGGGUUGACUUGCUCUUUAAAUGUUUGUUUUGCCCUAAAAGUCAUUAUUCCUACAGAACUAAUGAUAAAUUCCAGCCAUUUGGGAACUCUGCUGCUAAUUAAACAGAAUCCAUGGAAAUAAUGUGAUGUCGGUGAAGUUUAACUAGCUCCACUCAGACUAGCCUGCAGCUCGUUAGUCCAGUCAGAACUAAUCACAGUUUUUUAACCCGAGGUUGUUCAAAAGAGCUACCCACAACCUGUUAGGUAAUACAUGUUAACAUUUCCAUAGAAAUUCACUUUUACAGAUCAGAACUAGAAAAAGAGAAAAUAUGUCAUUAGUAAAAAUCAGACCUUUUAGAUGAAUUGAUGAUAAAUUAUGUUAAAUGUUAAUUAAAUCCACCUAAAGGGCAAAGAAAAGGACUUUAAGGGGCCCUUCCCUUAAUGGUCAAUGAUAUUUCAGUGAAGCUCCACAAAAAAAUUGACAUGUAGACUCUGUUUAAUUUUUUUUUUGUUUGAUGUAACUUUGAACAGGAUUGAGCUGCCUUCCCUUUGUAAUUAAUAAUAAUAAUAAUAAUAAUAAUAGCUUCAUAAUUGCACCACAUUAUUAAAGAAAGUCAAACUGUUCUUUUAUGACCAAAAUUUUCUGCUGAAAAUGAGAAACAACUGGCUGGAGCCACAUGUGACCGGCGUGUGCUAUCCAUCUCAGCCCUGCAGCAUUACCCCCCACCCCACCCCCCGUGCCAGAUUUGGUGCAUCAUCAGAAGCUCAAAGGAGUAAAGGCAGAUGCCUCGGCAGAAUUAAAACAGAAACAGAAAAUUUCCCACUGCGCGCAGGGAGUUCUGGUUUACAAGCUCAAAAAGAUCUCUGCAGCCAUCCCGUCACGCUCACCUCCACCUCUCGGGGGGCAGAAGCUGACAUGUGGCAGGGAACACAAUAAGCUUUUCCUUUUUUCAAGAUGAAAAGAUGCAGGAUGUCAGUGGAAUUCCUGGGAGAAGACGAGAAGUCCCAAACACAUUUGAAAAUCUGUAAACAUUUAAAGCCCGAUUGUUUUGCCAAGGAAAUGUCCAUUACUGUAGAAAAUAGAGAAUGCUCAAGGAUGUCCUUUUUCCUCUUUGUGUCUGUUUCACACAUCCUGUCCCGCUCGUCUGUCACCCGUGUGUGGGUGUGCGUCCUCAAACCCCCCUUUUUCUCCUUGAUCCAAAGCUACUGUCACAUCCUGACACCUUUCUGUUAGAACCAGAACCAUAGAUGGUGCUGUGUAUCAGGGACAGGGCCAAUCCAAUUGGACCGUGCGUGCAUGCGACUCCUUUAUCUCCGUUUUGUCUCGUUUUAAUAGUGAUCUCACACGUCAGAGCCAUUUACAAGUGCCUGAAUGCAGCAUCAUUAUCUCGUUGUGUAUUUAAAUUUAAAAUGAAAAACAUUUGAGAAAUCACUCUGUACUAAAUUGGAUCCAUUUUUUACACUUACUAUUUUUACCUCUGUAAAGAAAAGAGCAAAAAUUAUAUAUAUCAAGUGUAUGUUGUACAUUUUUAUUUCUAUUAUUUUUUUUAAUAACUGUUUCUAACAUGUACGAUGGAUGUAGCUCUUGCUCUCGAGAAGGAAAAGGAAAUGCUUUGUAGAUACUGGAGUGGCUUGGUCUGUGAGAAAACUAAAGUGAAAUGUGUGUCUUACCUUCUGCCUCUAAUAAAAUGAGAGAACACAGAGAAACCA